AUGGGCGUGUUUUACGAGACAAUCCCAACAAAGCUCAUCGAAUGGAUCCAUGCGCAAAAGGUAUUCUGGGUCGCCACCGCCCCGUUGACCGGCUCUGGCCAUGUCAAUCUCUCCCCCAAGGGCGGGCCCAACUUUGGCGUCGUCGAUGAGAGAACAUUUUGGUACCUCGACCUGAGCGGUUCAGGGAACGAAACAAUCAGCCAUCUGUACGAGCCUGACAAUGGCCGUAUUACCAUCUUGUUCAAUGCGUUUGAGGGCCCGCCACGGAUCAUGAGGUUGUGGGGGAAAGGUAGAGUUCUGGAACGAGGGACUCGCAAUUUUGCUGUCUUUGCCGACAAGCACGCUGUUCAGAUGCUACCCGGUACGAGAUCAAUCAUCGUGGUAGAUAUUCACCAGGUCGGCACGUCUUGUGGAUUCUCGGUCCCCUUCUUCGACUUCAAAGAAUUCCGCAGCACGCUGCAUGAUCAUCAUGAGCGGAAAGAAGCAAAGUAUAGGGCUGGAAACGAAAAGGAGAGCUUUGAAAGGUACUGGGCACAUAAGAAUGCCUGGAGCAUGGACGGCCUCCCGGGUAUGCAAAUAGGGCAAGUCAUUGCCAACGAAGAGAAAAUCGCUCCGAUUCAGAAGAUGGUCGGGCCGCUGGCUCCAGAGAAUGGCAGUCUAAAUCGGCGGUCCAGUAUUCGUCCUGCUAUGUUCUUGAUCGUUGCGUUGUUGAGCUUCAUCAUAGGAUUUUGCGCUGCAUUGAUGAGUAGUCACAAGACUGUCCCAUGGCUAAACGAAAGAAUAUCUACUUGGUAUUCCGUUGCCUAA